CCCUGCCUUUCCCUCUCAUCCCCUUCUUCUGCACCUGCUGCUGCGCAGAGGAAAGAAGAGAGAGGAAGCCGCAGGAUGGCCUCGUCUCCCUCCACCUUCGCUUUCUCCUUCGCUUCUUCGUCCUCCGCCGCCGCUUCUUCCGCCGCCCCCUCUUCUCAGCCUCAGGGAUUCACCUUCAACCCCUCUUCUUUCACCUCCCCCUCCCCCUCCCCCUCUUCCCCAUUCGCCUCCUUGGCAUCCUCCUCAGCUGCUACUUGCCAACCGUCCGCCCCUUCUUUUGCCUUUGGAACCUCUGCGUUGUCUUCUCCCUUGUCCUUGACUCCCCCCGCUUCCUCAUCUUCCCCUUCUCCUUUAUCUUUCGGAUCGAGCCCUAGCUUAUUCGGCGCAUCGUCGUCGUCCACCACCACCGCGUCGUCUUCUCCCUUCGGUGCUUCGCAGUUCUCUGCUGCGCCGAAGCCGCUCUUAUCGAUGGCGCCGUCGGCCUCUUUCUCCGCAGGUUUUGCCUCUCCUAUGUCCGCUCCCGCUUUUGGGGCGACGUCUUCUCCUGGUUUUGGGGUGGCGUUUACUCCUGCUUUUGGGGCGCCGUCUGCUCCCGCGGGUUCCUCGUCCUCCGCUUCGUCUUUCUCCUCUCCGUUCCAGACAGCGGGUGCUGCUUCAUCUUCCCCUUUCGGACUCUCUUCAUCCUCCUCAUCCGGUGCAACCUCUCCUGCUUUCUCGCUCUUUGGCUCUUCUUCUUCCGCUUCCUCUUCGGCCGCCUCAUCAGCUUCUUCUCAGCCGUCUGCAUUUCCUUCCAGUUCUUCGACUUCUUCCUCGUCGUUCUCCUUUGGGGGCUCUUCAUUGUUUCCUAAGGGAUUCGGAAGCUCCGCUUCUGCUCCAGCGUCUUCCUCGCCCGCAUUUUCUUUGGCCUCAACGAGCUCUGCUUCUACUUCAUCCACAUCUUCAGCAUCGAUCUUUUCUUCGUUUGCUGCUGCUUCUUCUGGAGCAGGAUUAUCGUCGUCUUCAAAGUCAGCAGCCGUUUCAAGUACCGGUAUUCCCUUUGGGACUCCUUCGGCAUCUUCGUCCGCUCAAUCAGCAUUUGGCUUCAGCAGUUUAAGCUCCUCUUCUGCACCCUCGACAGCAGGAUUUGGGGUGGGGAAACCUCUUUUUGGUAGCACUACUUCCUCACAGCCGUUAUCGCUGGCGACGCCUGCACCAACUGCCACACCCGUUACUUCAUCAACUGCUACGCCAUCAUCAGCUCCUGCGUUUUCUUCAUCGUUUGGUGCAUUUACGCCUCCUACCGCUGCUGCUUCAACUGCUUCAAAUGUGGCAUCUUCCACUCCUUCCACCUCUUCUUCAGUUGUCGCCACUACCAUCACGACUGCUGCCACUGCUACUCCAUCCGUCUCUGCCGCGUCCAGUGCUACUGUUAGUGCAUUCCCCCGCUUAUCUACAGCUACUGCUGCGUCUACCACGACGAAUGCCUUCACUGGCUUCUCAAAUUCUGCUGCUUCGUCCUCCGCAACUAGUGCAUUUCCAAGCUUCUCUCUUGCUAGCAAAGCACCAGCUUCGUCCACUCUGUCAACCACCUCAGCUCCUACGUUUGGAGUUCUUGGAUCAACACUAGCAGGGACAACAUCUGAAACUGGAACAAAGUUCAGUUUUACUGGUGCAUCGGCUCCUGCCCAGACAUCUGCUUCCAGUGCAAGCAGCAGCAGCGGAAUGGUGACUUCUACAGUUGCUCCAACUUCAACUCCAACUCCAACUCCAACUCCAACUCCAACUCCUAAAUUGCCAUCUGAAAUCACUGGUAAAACUGUUGAAGAGAUUGUGAAAGAUUGGAACUCAGAAUUACAGGAGCAAACUAACAAGUUUAGGAAGCAGGCUGCUGCUAUAGCUGAUUGGGACAGGAGAAUUUUGCAGAAUCGGAGUGUGCUUAUUAGACUUGAGGCGGAGGUUGCCAAAGUGGUUGAGACUCAGAGCUAUCUGGAGAACCAACUAGAAUUGAUCGAAACACAUCAGCAAGAGGUUGAUAAAGCUUUACAAAGCAUGGAAGAAGAGGCUGAACGCAUUUACAAAGAUGAACGUGGUUUGCUUGAAGAUGAUGUGGCUUCUACAAGGGACUCAAUGUUUGAGCAGGCUGAGUUUGUGGAAAAGGAAAUGGAACAGAUGGCAGAGCAAAUCAAAUCUAUAAUCCAGACACUGAAUGCAAGUCAGGGUGGCGAACUUGAGGCUGAUGGUAUGACACCCAUAGAUGCAGUUGUGCGGAUUCUGAACAAUCAGUUGAGUGCACUCAUGUGGAUUGACGAGAAGACUGGAGAAUUCUCAUCACGAAUUCAGAAACUUGCUGGUGAAGGGGCUGGUGUAGACAGAGAAUUGUCUGGUUCAAGGCACUGGAUGAGAUGAAAAAGCAAGCAGUACAGGAUUCUCCCAACUAAAGAGGUGUCCGUUGAAUAGUAUCCUGUAUCAAGCGAUGUUGCCAGCUUGCGCUUUUCUGACAGCAACCAGUGGCUACGUGUCCUAUUUUAGUAUGAAUAAUUUUGAUCAGUCGCUGGUUUAUGUUCUACAUUCUGACCAUUUCCUGCGAUAUUGUCCACCGCAAACUCUGCUGCUGCGAAGUUGAUGGGUGUUCCUUUGUCACCCUAGUGAUUUUUCCAAUUUAUGCUAGGGGAGAGAUAAAUAUGAACAUCAACCAUGUUGGUAAAUGUAUCAGUUGAAUCCUUUUUUUUUUUUUUUUUUUAACAUUGUUAAAAAGACAAUUGAUUGCAACUCGCGAAUUACUAACGAAGCCACGCUUUGGAAAUAUCGAUCUCUAUAUCCUGUAGUGCAUUGAUCACAACAGAUGGAAGUAUAUAAGAUAACCCAUCCAAUGCUGCUCA